GAAGAUACAAGCCCGGGGAUUGAUCAAUCCUAUCAUUGAGAUAGAUCUGGCCACAGAGAGCAUCGAUUGGGAAAAGUUCACCACGGAGGACAUGUGCCAGCUGCUGACCGAAAGAUUCAAAUGGAGCCGAGCAUAUCUGUCCCCAGAUGCCAAGAUCAUUGUAAAUCUGCGGGACUUUCGGACGCCAUGGUCUAUGAAAUGGAGCGGUUGUUUACUGUUGUGGACUACCUUGCGUCCAGGCCUGCAGCUGAACGUCCUUUUGGAAUCAUGUUUGAGGAGCCAACAGGCAAGUUUUUACCCGAGGAGGUUGGAGCUUGGACCGCUGGUGUACGUAAGAUCAUGGAUUCCCAUGACUGGACUACUGGACACCUCUUGGCUCAUGUUCACAAGAAGUGGGCUCUUGGAGAAAUGGUGCAGCUUGAAUGCCUUGUCAACGGGGCUAACGGUAUCUGGGCAAGCCUCUGUGAGGAAGGAGCUGCUCUUGGCCACGCAUGUUCUACAGUCACGCUGAUGAACCUCGUCCUAAUGGGAAACGAAAAGGUCCUGAAACGCUACAAUUGCAACAAGCCAAGGGAUGCUGCAUCUAAUGUGACUGAGAUCACCACUGGCCUUCCAGCCCAUCCCAAGCAAGUCAUCUAUGACAACAGGGCACUGGACUUAGCAUUUGACUUUGGAAGCAUAGCUGGUGGAACCGUUGGAGAAACCGACUUUGACCUUGCUGAGUUCUUUGGAGAAGAGGCGCCGGUGAGGAUCAGUACACUUGCCUCCGAAGAUAUGAUCCUGGAAAGGCUGAAAGAUUUGUUUGGUGAAGAUCCGCAGUUUACAGACGAAAUGGCUGCUGCAAUGAAGGAACAAAUGAUUACAGACCUGAAAGGCAACACGAAGGAGGAAUACAUGAGUGCAGCUGGCAUCGCUAUGUUGUUUCAUCGUUCAGGAGGAAAAUUCACGACCAAGAUGUCAGAAGUCAUCGAAAGAGCCGAAGUGAAGAGUGUGCACGCCCAACAUCUCAUUGAAGAGGUUCGCGGUAUGCGGAACGAGUGGGAUAUAGAAGAAGAUAAACUGAAUGACGACCAGCUUAACUUCGACUCCUUCUACAACGGCUUCAUGUAUCCCUACUCUGGCUGCUUCAAGUGCACUGACACACGAAAGGCCUUACAAGCUAUCAACAUGGAUAAUGACGGGUACAUCGACUGGAAUGAAUUCCUGGUUUACCUCAAGUGGGCGAUGCGUGAAUAUCCCAAUGUUGAAAACGAUAGAUUGCCUUUGGUACCUGUUCAAGAUGGAUCUUUAGUCAAAGAAAUGCGUGAGUAA